AUGGGCUUCGCCAGACAGAUACAACUAUUGCUCUGGAAGAACUGGACCCUGCGGAAAAGGCAAAAGAUUCGCUUUGUGGUGGAACUCGUGUGGCCUUUAUCUUUGUUUCUGGUCUUGAUCUGGCUGAGGAAUGCCAACCCGCUCUACAGUCAUCACGAAUGUCAUUUUCCCAACAAGGCAAUGCCCUCAGCAGGAAUGUUGCCGUGGCUCCAGGGGAUUUUCUGCAAUGUGAACAAUCCUUGUUUUCAAAGCCCCACCCCAGGAGAAUCUCCAGGAAUUGUGUCAAACUACAACAACUCCAUCUUGGCAAGAGUGUAUCGAGAUUUUCAAGAACUCCUCAUGAAUGCACCAGAAAGCCAGCACUUUGGCCAGAUUUGGACAGAGCUCCGCACCUUGUCCCAGCUCAUGGACACCCUGCGGAAUCACCCUGAAAGAAUUGCAGGACGAGGAAUACGCAUUCAGGAUAUCCUGAAAGAUGAAGAGACACUGACCCUAUUUCUUAUUAAAAACAUUGGCCUGUCCAGCUCAGUUGUCCACCUACUGGUCAACUCCCAAGUCCGUGUGGAACAGGCUGGGAGCUAUCUAAGCUAUGACUGCCUUUUUCAUGGGCCCGGUGAGCCGCCAUUGCUGUCCCGGCCAACGAAGGGGCAAGCUCCAGUGUUUCUGGCCACCCUCAGCAUCCUCCGGGUCAAUGCCGUUGCUGCCGCCGCUGUUAUGCGUCUGGCUUCCGCGGCCACCGCUCACAUUGCUAUUUGCCCUGUUUUGUUUCGUGCCAUCAGCUUGUCUGCCUGCGCCUCCCGACUCUGUAUCCCCUCUGCGGCACAGUCGCGAGGCUUUUUAGGUUGGUUCUCCCUGCCUUUUGCUGACUCCUUGCUGCAAACCUCAGCACUACUGGUGGGCGGCGGCGGCGUUUUGUCUCCUCUUUGGCCUCUGGAGGCCAACAUGGGCAUGAUGUUUCAGGAGUCACUGUCCAUGGUGGGGGUGUUUGCUCACGGAGUCCCAGACCUGGUGCUGAAGGACAUCGCCUGCAAUGAAGCCCUCCUGGAGCGCUUCAUCAUAUUUGGCCAGCGUCAUGGGGCAUGGGCUGUGCGUGACGCCCUGUGUUCCCUCUCCCAGGGCACCCUACAGUGGAUAGAAGACACUCUGUAUGCCAAUGUGGACUUCUUCAAGCUCUUCCAUGUGCUUCCCACACUCCUAGACAGCAAUUCUCAAGGCAUCAAUCUGAGAUCCUGGGGAAAAAUAGUAUCUGAUCUAUCUCCAAGAAUUCAAGGAUUUAUCCAUCAGCCAAGUGUUCAAGACCUGCUGUGGGUGACCAGACCUCUCCUGCAGAAUGGCGGUCCACAGACCUUCACACAGCUGAUGAGCAUCCUGUCGGACCUUCUGUGUGGGUACCCAGAGGGAGGGGGCUCUCGGGUGUUCUCCUUCAACUGGUAUGAAGACAAUAACUACAAAGCCUUCCUAGGGAUCGACUCUACCAGGAAAGAUCCUCUCUAUUCUUAUGACAAAGGAACAACCGCCUUUUGUAAUGCAUUGAUCCAGAGCCUGGAGUCAAACCCUUUAACCAAAAUAGCCUGGAGGGCAGUGAAGCCCUUACUGAUGGGAAAAAUCCUCUUUACUCCUGACUCCCCUGCAGCGCAAAGGAUACUAAAGAACGCCAACUCAACUUUUGAAGAACUAGCACGUCUCAGGAAGCUGGUCAAAGCCUGGGAGGAAGUAGGACCCCAGAUCUGGUAUUUCUUUGAAAGCAGCACACAGAUGACUAUGAUCAGAGACACCCUGGAACACCCAACUGUAAAAGACUUUUUGAAUAGACAUGUGGGUGAAGAAGGUAUCACUGCUGAGGUCCUGCUGAACUUCCUCUAUAAGGGUCCUCCGGAGAAUCGGGCUGAUGGCAUGACCAACUUUGACUGGAGAGACAUAUUUAAUAUCACUGACCGUUCCCUCCGUCUGGUUAAUCAGUACCUGGAGUGCCUGGUCCUGGAUAAGUUUGAAAGCUAUGAUGAUGAAAUUCAGCUCACCCAAAGAGCCCUCUCCCUGCUGGAGGAAAACAGAUUCUGGGCUGCUGUGGUAUUCCCCGACAUGUAUCCCUGGACCAGCUCCCUACCACCCCAUGUGAAGUACAAGAUCCGGAUGGAUAUAGAUGUGGUGGAGAAAACCAAUAAGAUCAAAGAUAGGUACUGGGAUUCUGGCCCCAGGGCAGAUCCUGUGGAAGAUUUCCGGUACAUCUGGGGAGGCUUUGCCUAUCUGCAGGACAUGGUUGAGCAGGGGAUCACAAGGAGUCAGGCCCAGGUGGAAGUUCCAGUAGGAGUCUAUCUCCAGCAAAUGCCUUACCCCUGCUUCGUAGAUGACUCUUUUAUGAUCAUCCUGAACCGCUGUUUCCCUAUCUUCAUGGUACUGGCAUGGAUCUACUCCGUCUCCAUGACUGUAAAGGGCAUCGUUUUGGAAAAGGAGUUGAGGCUGAAGGAGACCUUGAAAAACCAGGGUGUCUCCAAUGCAGUGAUUUGGUGUACCUGGUUCCUGGACAGCUUCUCUAUCAUGUCCAUGAGCGUCUUUCUCCUGAUGAUAUUCAUCAUGCAUGGAAGAAUCCUACAUUACAGCAAUCCGUUCAUUAUCUUCCUGUUCCUGUUGACCUUCUCCACUGCCACAAUCAUGCAGUGCUUCCUGCUCAGCACCUUCUUCUCCAAGGCCAGCCUGGCAGCAGCCUGCAGUGGCGUCAUCUACUUCACCCUCUAUUUGCCGCACAUCCUGUGCUUUGCCUGGCAGGACCGAAUGACCGCCGAGCUGAAGAAGGCUGUGAGCCUGCUGUCCCCUGUGGCAUUUGGGUUUGGCACUGAGUACCUGGUUCGCUUUGAAGAGCAAGGCCUGGGGCUGCAGUGGAACAACAUUGGGAACAGUCCCGUGGAAGGGGAUGGGUAUAGUUUCCUGCUGUCCAUGAAGAUGAUGCUCCUUGAUGCUGCUAUAUAUGGCUUGCUUGCCUGGUACCUUGACCAGGUGUUUCCAGGGGACCAUGGAACCCCACUUCCUUGGUAUUUCUUUCUACAGGAGUCUUACUGGCUUGGUGGUGAAGGGUGUUCAACCAGAGAAGAGAGGGCCCUGGAAAAGACUGAACCCCUAACAGAGGAAAUGGAGGAUCCGGACCACCUAGGAGGAAAGAAUGACUCCUUCUUUGAACGUGAGCUUCCAGGGCUGGUUCCUGGGGUAUGUGUGAAGAAUCUGGUAAAGAUCUUUGAGCCUGGUACCCGACCAGCAGUGGACCGUCUAAACAUUACCUUCUAUGAGAACCAGAUCACCGCCUUCCUAGGUCACAAUGGAGCAGGGAAAACCACCACCUUGUCCAUCUUGACAGGUCUAUUGCCGGCGACAUCAGGGACUGUGCUCAUUGCAGGAAAGGACAUUGAAACCAGCCUGGAUGCAGUCCGUCAGAGCCUCGGCAUGUGUCCACAGCACAACAUCCUGUUCCAACACCUCACAGUGGCUGAGCACAUCCUCUUCUAUGCCCAGCUGAAAGGCAAGUCCUGGGAGGAGGCCCAGCUGGGGAUGGAAGCCAUGUUAGAGGAUACAGGCCUUCACCACAAGAGGAAUGAAGAAGCACAGGAUCUUUCAGGUGGCAUGCAGAGGAAGCUGUCCGUUGCACUUGCUUUUGUGGGAGAUGCCAAGGUGGUCAUCCUGGAUGAGCCCACCUCUGGGGUGGACCCCUACUCCAGACGCUCCAUCUGGGACCUGCUCCUGAAGUAUCGCUCGGGCAGAACCAUCAUCAUGUCCACUCACCACAUGGACGAGGCAGACCUCCUUGGCGACCGUAUUGCCAUCAUCUCCCAGGGAAGACUCUACUGCUCGGGCACGCCACUCUUCCUGAAGAACUGCUUUGGCAAGGGCUUCUACUUGACCUUGGUUCGCAAGAUGAAAAACAUCCAGAGUCAAAGAAGUGGCUGUGAGGGCACCUGCAGCUGUGCAUCUAAGGAUUUCUCUGUCAAGUGUCCAACCCGCAUUGAUGAGAUAACUCCAGAGCAAGUCUUGGAUGGGGAUGUGAACGAGCUGAUGGAUGUGGUUUGCCACCAUGUUCCAGAGGCAAAGCUGGUGGAAUGCAUUGGUCAGGAACUCAUCUUCCUACUUCCAAAUAAGAAUUUCAAGCAGAGAGCAUACGCCAGCCUUUUCAGGGAGCUGGAGGAGACGCUGGCCGACCUGGGGCUCAGCAGUUUUGGCAUUUCUGACACUCCCCUGGAAGAGAUUUUUCUGAAGGUCACAGAAGAUUCUGAUUCAGGACCUCUGUUUGCUGAUGGCACUCAGACGAAAAGGGAACAUGCCAGCAUGCGACAUCCCUGUUUGGUUCCUAGUGAGAAGGCCCAGCAGGCUGCCCAGAGCUCCAGCACCUGCUCCCCAGUGCAGCCUCCCCUGGAGCCACAAGACAGGGGCACAGUACUCAACACUGGUCUGCGGCUAGUCCUCCAGCACGUGCAGGCGCUGCUGAUCAAGCGGUUCCACCACGCCACUCGCAGCCGCAAGGACUUCCUGGCCCAGAUGGUGCUCCCAGCCACUUUUGUGUUCUUGGCUCUGGUGCUUUCCAUCAUUGUACCUCCUUUUGGUGAAUACCCUGCCUUGACCCUCCACCCCUGGAUAUAUGGGCAGCAGUACACCUUCUUCAGCAUGGAUGAGCCUGGCAACAAGCACCUUGAGAUACUGGCAGACGUCCUCCUGAACAAGCCAGGUUUUGGCAACCGCUGCCUGAAGGAAGAGUGGCUUCUGGAGUACCCGUGUGGCAAUUCAACCCCCUGGAAGAUUCCCUCAGUGUCCCCGAACAUCACCCACCUGUUCCAGAAGCAAAAAUGGACACCAGCCAACCCCUCACCCUCCUGCCAGUGCAGCACCAGAGAGAAGCUCACCAUGCUACCUGAGUGCCCCGAGGGUGCUGGGGGGCUCCCACCCCCACAGAGAAUACAGCGCAGCACUGAAAUCCUACAAAACCUUACAAACAGGAACAUUUCUGACUACUUGGUAAAAACGUAUCCAGCUCUUAUAAGAAACAGCUUAAAGAGCAAAUUCUGGGUCAACGAACAGAGAUAUGGAGGAAUUUCCAUUGGAGGAAAACUCCCAGUGCUCCUCAUCACUGGGGAAGAUCUUGUUGGUUUUUUAAGUGAACUUGGCCAGAUGAUGAACGUGAGCGGGGGUCCUAUCACCAGAGAGGCCUCUAAAGAAAUGUCUGAUUUCCUUAAAUAUCUUGAAACUGAAGACAACAUUAAGGUGUGGUUUAACAACAAAGGCUGGCAUGCCCUGGUCAGCUUUUUGAAUGUGGCCCACAAUGCCAUCUUGCGGGCCAGUCUGCACAAGGACAGGAAUCCUGAGGAGCAUGGAAUCACCGUCAUAAGCCAGCCACUGAACCUCACAAAGGAGCAGCUCUCUGAGAUCACAGUGCUGACCACAUCAGUGGAUGCUGUCGUUGCCAUCUGUGUGAUUUUUGCCAUGUCCUUUGUCCCAGCCAGCUUUGUCCUCUACUUGAUUCAGGAAAGGAUGAAUAAAGCCAAGCACCUCCAGUUUGUCAGUGGAGUGAGUGCCAUCACCUACUGGAUGACCAACUUCCUCUGGGACAUUAUGAAUUAUGCAGUGAGUGCAGGACUGGUGGUAGGCAUCUUCGUGGGGUUUCAGAAGAAAGCCUACACAUCCCCAAGCAAUCUUCCUGCCCUUAUUGCUCUGCUCAUGCUGUAUGGAUGGGCGGUCAUUCCCAUGAUGUACCCAGCAUCCUUCCUGUUUGACGUCCCCAGCACAGCCUAUGUGGCUUUGUCUUGUGCUAAUCUAUUCAUCGGCAUCAACAGCAGUGCCAUCACCUUCAUCUUGGAAUUAUUUGAGAGUAACCGGACGCUACUCAGGUUCAACGCCAUGCUGAGGAAGCUGCUCAUUAUCUUCCCCCACUUCUGCCUGGGCCGGGGCCUCAUUGACCUGGCCCUGAGUCAGGCUGUGACAGACGUCUAUGCCCGGUUUGGUGAGGAGCACUCCCCAAAUCCAUUCCAGUGGGACCUGAUUGGGAAGAACGUGAUUGCCAUGGCAGCAGAAGGGGUGGUGUACUUCCUCUUGAACCUCCUCGUCCAGAAACACUUCUUCUUCACCAGAUGGAUUGCUGAGCCCCCCAAGGAGCCUAUUGUUGAUGAAGAUGAUGAUGUGGCUGAAGAGAGACAAAGAAUUACUAGUGGUGGAGAUAAAACUGAUAUCUUAAGGCUAAAUCAACUCACCAAGGUUUAUUCAGGCUCCUCCAGCCCAGCAGUGGACAGGCUAUGUGUUGGAAUCCGACCUGGUGAGUGCUUUGGUCUCCUGGGAGUGAAUGGUGCAGGCAAAACAACCACAUUCAAGAUGCUCACAGGGGACACCACAGUGACAUCAGGCGAUGCCACUAUAGCAGGCAAGAGUAUUUUAACCAAUAUUUCUGAAGUCCAUCAAAAUAUGGGCUACUGUCCUCAGUUUGAUGCAGUCGAUGACCUGCUCACGGGCCGAGAACACCUCUACCUUUAUGCCCGGCUUCGGGGUGUACCAGCAGAAGAAAUUGAGAAGGUUGCAAACUGGAGCAUCCAGAGCCUGGGCCUGUCUCUCUAUGCUGAUCGUUUGGUGGGCACAUACAGUGGGGGCAAUAAGCGGAAGCUCUCCACAGCCAUGGCACUCAUCGGCUGCCCACCACUGGUGUUGCUGGAUGAGCCCACCACCGGAAUGGAUCCUCAGGCGCGACGCAUGCUGUGGAACACCAUCGUGAGCAUCCUCAGAGAAGGGAGAGCCGUGGUCCUCACCUCUCACAGCAUGGAGGAGUGUGAGGCGCUGUGUACCCGGCUGGCCAUCAUGGUGAAGGGCACCUUUCAGUGUCUGGGCACCAUUCAGCACCUCAAGUACAAGUUUGGAGAUGGCUACAUUGUCACAAUGAAAAUCAAAUCCCCAAAGGAUGACUUGCUUCCUGACCUGAAUCCCGUGGAACAGUUCUUCCAGGGGAACUUCCCUGGCAGUGUGCAGAGGGAGAGGCAUUACAACAUGCUCCAGUUCCAGGUCUCUUCCUCCUCCCUGGCCAGGAUCUUCCAGCUGCUCCUCUCCCACAAGGACAGCCUGUUCAUCGAGGAGUACUCAGUCACACAGACUACACUGGAUCAGGUGUUUGUGAACUUUGCUAAUAAACAGCAGACGGAACCUCAUGACCUUCCUUUGCAUCCUCGAGCUGCUGGAGCCCGCCAAAAAGCCAAGGAACGCGGGACUGCAGGAGCCUUUGCCCAUGUGGUCAUCCAAAAGAAACUGAUCCACUACAGCAGCAAACAAACAUACAAGGAGCACAGGGCGUGUGAGGAACCCAACAGCGCGGCUUCCAUUGGUGGAGGAGCGCGCCGGCGAGCGGUAGACCGCAGAGGGCGCGGGCUACGUCGGGAGCACAGUCCUCAAGCCGCCAGAGGGAGCCCUGCCGCGCGCUGUGCCGCCAGCCGCUCGGCCCGCGCGCCGCCCGCCCCGCCGCCACGCCCGCCGCAGGCCUGGGGCCAGUCACCCGGGGGUCAGAGUCCCGCAGCCGUUCGCGCCCCGCCCCUCUCCGCCGUGGGACGAAGUCAACUCUCCGGCGGCGGCGGCAGACGCCAGAGACGCAGCAGCCGGAGCCGCAGCCUCAGCGCCUCCCUCCCGGGCCGCCGCUCCGCCGCCGUCCGGCCUCCUCCAGCCGGAGCGCACAUCGGGCUCCCGCCACGCGGGUCAAAAGCCUCGCGCUCGUCCCUGCGGCCUCGGGAACCGCGUCCUACGAGAUAG